GCUGGUAUCUGUAUUAAUAGAUGCCCUGGUUUGCUAUUGGAAAGAAUCAUUAAGGCAGCAGCUGCAGACACAGGACACACUAAGCCAGGGUGGAGACAGUGACACAAGACACCUGUACAUUAUAGACUGGCACACUGGGCACUGGCUGUGAUUUCCUGAGAGACUGGACAAGUGGUCUGGGGAGCCCUGAAGCAAGAAGCAGCCACCUUCAGAGACCAGAAGCAUCAGUGAGCAGCCAGAAUACACACACUACCAGCCAGAUGGAGGCUCAUUCAAACACACAAGAAGCAAGGAACAUGAAAAAGAAUGCAGUACUCGUGGACGGCGUCAUACUUAAUGGACCAAUCAUUGAUUACAAUUCCGGAGAAAAAUUUAUUGAUGAUGUAUACAGACUACUAAUGAAGGAGGUUGUGCAAAAAGCAACCGAUGUAACAGAGAAGGUCUGUGAAUGGCAGGACCCAGAACAACUUAAGAUGCUUUUGGAUCUAAAUUUGAAAGAUAAUGGAGAACCCCACCAGAAACUACUGCAACUUUGUCAAAAUGCCAUAAACUACAGCGUCAGAACAAGCCAUCCAAGAUUCUUCAAUCAGCUGUAUGCUGGCAUGGACCAUUACUCUUUAGCAGCACGUUUUAUUACAGAGGCCCUUAAUCCAAGUGUAUAUACUUAUGAAGUAUCUCCUGUGUUUAUACUAAUUGAGGAAGCUGUUUUGAUGAAAAUGAUUGAAUUCCUUGGCUGGAAGGAGGGGGAUGGAAUAUUUAGUCCUGGUGGAUCCGUUUCCAAUAUGUAUGCUGUUAAUAUAGCUCGAUACACCCAUUGUCCUGAUAUAAAAGAAAAGGGGCUUUCGACAACUCCACGGCUUGUCAUGUUUACUUCAGAAGAGUGCCACUAUUCCAUGAAGAAGGCAGCUGCAUUUCUUGGGAUCGGCACUAAUAAUGUAUAUUUUGUAAAGACUGACGAUCGGGGGAAGAUGAUACCUGCGGAACUGGAGAAGCAGGUGCAGAGAGCAAAAGAAGAGAAAGCUGUUCCAUUUCUUGUCAUUGCUACAUCUGGAACCACAGUAUUGGGAGCAUUUGACCCCCUGGAUGAGAUUGCUGAAAUCUGUGAAAAACACAAACUUUGGUUUCAUGUAGAUGCAUCUUGGGGAGGCUCAGCCUUAAUGUCACAAAAGUAUCGUAAACUUUUGCAUGGUAUCCACAGGGCCAAUUCAGUAGCAUGGAAUCCUCAUAAAAUGUUAAUGGCUGGCAUUCAGUGCUGCGCCCUGCUGGUGAAGGACAGUACUGGUCUGCUUAAAAAAUGCCAUUCAGCAGAAGCUUCCUAUCUCUUCCAGCAAGAUAAAUUCUAUGAUGUGAGAUAUGACACAGGGGACAAAUCUAUUCAGUGCAGUAGGCGAGCGGAUGCGUUCAAGUUCUGGAUGAUGUGGAAAGCAUUAGGGACCAUGGGACUUGAAGAGAGGGUAAACCGUGCACUUGCAUUAUCAAGAUAUCUAACAAAUGAAAUUAAGAAAAGGAAUGGGUUUGAGCUUCUGUGGGAGCCGGAAUAUGCGAACAUCUGUUUUUGGUACAUUCCACCGAGUCUUAGGAACAUGCAAAAAGGACCAGAGUAUUGGCAGAAACUCCAUCAAGUUGCCCCCGUCAUUAAAGAAAGGAUGAUGAAGAAAGGCAGUAUGAUGGUUGGAUAUCAGCCUCACCGGGAUAAGGUUAACUUCUUCCGUCAGAUUAUAAUCAGUCCUCAAGUGAGCCGAGAAGACAUGGAUUUCAUGCUGGAUGAGAUCGAACUGCUUGGCAGAGACUUGUAGGUGUGAUUCUAGCAGCAAUUUAGCAAAUUAGCAAAAUCUUGGGCAGGUAAAGUUAAAGAAACUGGAUCUCUAUGCAUUGUGAUAUUUUAUUACCUGGCAAAGGAGCAACUCUUCGUAGUUUCUAGAGGAU